AAAUUCAACGUUCUUUCUUUUAGUGUUGUUGACAAGAGGCUUUCUUUUAUUUCAGCUUUCUCAUACUGCGUCAUAGCUUUCCUUGUCACGAAAAAGUUCCUCCGGAUAAUCAGUCUCCUCUAUUUACCGUUUCUUCUCGUUAUUACCACGGUAUUCUGUCUCGUACGACGUUUUAAUGAGCUUGCCUAUGACUAUCACCAAUGGAGUGGUUAUGCUUUCUCCGUCAAGUUUUGGCCUAUACCUGUACUUAUUGCGUUAACGAUUUUUGUUUGUUGCAAUCUGAUUCCAAGGACCCUUCGACUUCCGUCGCCAAGCCGUUUUGAUCAAUUUCUACGAUUUGCUCAAAUUUGCCUUUUUCUGGGCAUUCCAUCACUUUUCUAUUAUUUCUCUUGUGUGAAAACUCAGGAGAUGUUUAAAAUGGAGCUUUAUAGAUCAGGUGUUUCAUCUCCAGCCGUUUGUAGUUACUUUUAUGCUCUCGUAGGUCGGAACAAACAUUUAAAACAUUCUGUCAUAUUGAAUUACUCUGCUUGUCUCUACACGCAGUCUAUUUCUAAAGUUCUUACUGAGCAAACCAUCACUUAUUUCCCAGAAUUCGUCACGGUUGUGCUCAUGCUGGUUAUUCAUGCAGGCUUUUGUCGGGGAAAUGUCUACAACUUUGUUUUUGGUGCUUUUAAAGGUCAGCUUGCCCAAAUUUCCGCCGAUCCCACGGCAUUUCUCUCUGCCAAUUGGAAUCGCAUUCGAGUGCCUAUAGUUUUUCUCACAUUCUGGCUUACUAAAUUAAGCCUUGUAGUGUAUUUCGGUUCUAUAUUUUGGCCAAUCGAUGCCACGGUUAUUGAACUCCUUUCUCGUACCACAGAUGAAUCUGGGGUUCCCGUCAAGCACUCUCUCAAUUUUACUUUCCUAUCAAUCUAUGCUAAUGAGGCGAACUUUAUCAAUUCCAUCCCACUCUAUGAGCGUGUGUUUUAUCGAUUUCUCACUGGAUCACUGGCUAUCGGGGCGGAAACAUGGACUUCUAUUUACGGAGCCGCUGUGCUUGUUGGUCUUCUCUCAGGAGUAGUUGUUAACUUUCUUGCUUUUACUGUCGAUCCAUUCGGAGCAAAUAUUGCCCAGUUAAUUCGAGUAGCCGAACUCGAACCUGUUGCCGCGAAUCCCUGGAUUCCUAUCGAAGAGCAGUUAAUCAAUAAUGAGCAUAUUGAAGUCACAGCUGUUGAGCUCUUAAAUAACACGACUUGGAGUUGUGUCAUUCUCUUUGUCUUCCUUGCAGUGCAAUACGAUCUACCCAACCUCUCUUCUCAUCAAAGGAUUUUUUGCUUCUCUCAUCUACUCAUAGUUAUGGGUUUUACCUGUGUUUACCCAGUAGAAACACUAGUUAAGGCUAUCCUAUUAAGGCUUGGCCUCCCUGGAACUCAGUCGCCCUGGAUCGAGCACAUUGCCCCACUUAUCUUCUGUGGCAUGAUGAUCCUUCUUUCUGGUUGUGUAUUCGUCUACUUCCCAGUUUGGUUGUCCUACUUACCCUAUACAGGUAGAGGCUAUCAGCUUCUCGAUGGAAAGCCGUCUUUAACCGGCGUUGAAAGAGCUGGAACUAUUUCUGCUUACACUGGGUACGCACAGCGUCUUCGGACCUACCUAUGCGGUGGUCAGCUCCUUCUUGAUGUGACUUGCACUCUCUUUGAAUACCUUCUUCAUCAAGCACAUCACAGAUGGCCCGCUUGGACCGGGUUUGCCAAACUUCUUGCAUUUUCUAGACUCUUCAACAUUUUUGCAAACUACCUCAUCUCUCUCCUCUCUGUGCUGGUUAUUCUCUGGCUCAUCUUUUAUGAAUCGUUCGGGAUUUGUCGCGUUCUUAUUCUCGUUGUGCAUGUCUUCUCUGUGCUCUAUCCGGCCACUUGUAGGGGAAUUGCGUGGAUUAAGACGCGCUACCACUUGUCUGUCUCCAUGUCGAAAAUUCCCUCUCCGACACAGGAGGAAUUGGAGGCAUAUGCCGACCAUUGCGCCAUCUGUUAUUCGUCAAUGGCACCAUCGGACACGAAGAAAACUCUCUGUGGUCACCUUUUCCAUACAAAGUGGGGAGCUGUUCAUAGGUUUGUGUUUCCCUCCUUCGCGCACCACCGAUGCACUCUUACCCCUAGACUCCUCUUCUCUGCCACCACCAAAUCUUCUCUGCCUCCAGCAUUGAAGCCUGAACCUGGAUGUGAUCUCGUUUUGGAAUCACCUAAUGCAGAACCAAUCAAUCAGCCUGCUGAUCAUGCCCAACAACUUGGGACCAUUGACAUCAAGAAAUCCGACAAGAAUAUGUGCAUCACUUUUACUUGCAAUGUAAGCUGUUUCCCAUUAUCUUUGGGGGGGGGGGCGCAACUUUUUGGUCGUGCUUUGUUUGAAAUGGCCUUGGUUGCGUCGAGAAAGAGAAUGUGUGUGUGUGUGUGUGUGUGUGUGUGUGUGAUUGUUGAGGGAGUGAAUUAG